UCACACAGAAGGGAUAUGAAAAGAAAAGAUCAAAAUUAAUUGGGGCCUACCUGCCACAACCUCCAGCAGCGAAUGGAGCUGCCGCGGUACGGUGUAGACUGCAACACAGUGAAGGGGCUGCCAGAAGAAUGCUCCGCACUGCCAACAUUGGGGUCUGUGACAUCCGAGAAGCAGCAGCUAGAGAACGAGCAGCCAGCACAGCGGGAAACCGGCCUCUCUUUUAUUUUCGUUUUGGGGUGGAUCAGGCAUUGCCACAAGAACGUCGAACUCCCGUUACCCCUUCCUCUUCCUCACGAUAUCACCGCCGCAGGUCCUCAGGGUCACGGGAUGAACGCUAUAGAUCAGAUGUGCAUACAGAAGCAGUUCAGGCAGCUCUUGCUAAACAUAAAGAAAGGAAGAUGGCAGUCCCCAUGCCAUCAAAACGACGUUCAUUGGUGGUGCAAACGUCCAUGGAUGCCUACACACCUCCGGAUACCUCUUCUGGCUCAGAAGAUGAAGGCUCUGUACAGGGCGAUUCCCAGGGAACUCCCACCUCAAGCCAAGGGAGUAUAAACAUGGAACAUUGGAUCAGUCAAGCGAUCCAUGGCUCGACCACAUCUACUACUUCCUCCUCCUCAACACAAAGUGGAGGCAGUGGUGCUGCGCACAGGCUAGCUGAUGUUAUGGCUCAAACGCAUAUAGAAAAUCAUUCUGCCCCUCCAGAUGUUACCACUUACACCUCAGAGCACUCAAUACAAGUAGAAAGGCCACAAGGAUCCACAGCACGGGUGGCACCAAAGUAUGGCAAUGCUGAACUUAUGGAAACUGGUGAUGGAGUACCAGUGAGCAGCAGAGUGUCAGCAAAGAUUCAACAGCUGGUCAAUACCCUAAAACGGCCUAAACGACCGCCAUUACGAGAGUUCUUUGUAGAUGACUUUGAGGAAUUGUUAGAAGUUCAACAGCCAGAUCCAAAUCAACCAAAGCCAGAGGGAGCUCAGAUGUUGGCUAUGCGUGGGGAACAAUUGGGUGUAGUUACAAAUUGGCCGCCCUCUCUAGAAGCAGCAUUGCAGCGAUGGGGGACCAUUUCGCCAAAAGCUCCUUGCCUAACCACUAUGGACACAAAUGGGAAACCACUGUACAUUCUCACUUACGGCAAACUUUGGACCAGGAGUAUGAAGGUUGCUUACAAUAUACUGCAUAAAUUAGGCACAAAACAAGAACCGAUGGUGCGACCUGGAGACAGGGUAGCACUCGUAUUUCCUAACAAUGAUCCUGCUGCUUUCAUGGUAGCAUUUUAUGGCUGCCUAUUGGCGGAGGUUGUCCCUGUCCCUAUUGAAGUGCCACUUACUAGAAAGGAUGCAGGUAGUCAACAAAUAGGUUUCUUGCUUGGAAGCUGUGGCGUUACUGUGGCCUUGACUAGUGAUGCGUGCCAUAAAGGACUGCCUAAAAGCCCUACAGGGGAGAUACCACAGUUUAAAGGCUGGCCAAAGCUGCUUUGGUUUGUAACAGAAUCUAAACAUCUUUCUAAACCACCUCGUGACUGGUUCCCACAUAUCAAGGAUGCAAACAAUGACACUGCAUACAUUGAGUACAAAACCUGCAAAGAUGGAAGUGUGCUUGGGGUGACUGUAACACGAAUUGCACUGCUGACCCACUGUCAAGCUCUUACACAGGCAUGUGGAUAUACAGAAGCUGAAACAAUUGUGAAUGUAUUAGAUUUCAAGAAGGAUGUUGGCUUAUGGCAUGGAAUUCUUACUAGUGUCAUGAACAUGAUGCAUGUUAUAAGUAUUCCAUAUUCCUUAAUGAAAGUGAAUCCACUUUCCUGGAUACAGAAAGUCUGCCAGUACAAAGCAAAAGUCGCUUGUGUAAAAUCCAGGGACAUGCACUGGGCAUUAGUGGCACAUCGAGAUCAAAGAGAUAUCAACCUCUCCUCACUACGUAUGCUAAUAGUGGCCGAUGGCGCAAAUCCUUGGUCAAUUUCUUCCUGUGAUGCAUUUCUCAACGUCUUCCAAAGUAAAGGCCUAAGACAGGAGGUCAUUUGUCCAUGUGCUAGUUCACCAGAAGCUCUCACCGUGGCUAUUCGAAGGCCAACAGAUGACAGCAAUCAGCCCCCUGGCAGAGGAGUAUUGUCCAUGCACGGUCUUACCUAUGGAGUAAUUCGAGUGGAUUCUGAAGAAAAGCUUUCUGUUUUAACUGUGCAAGACGUUGGCUUGGUGAUGCCAGGAGCCAUAAUGUGUUCAGUGAAGCCAGAUGGAAUUCCUCAGCUCUGUAAAACAGAUGAAAUAGGGGAACUUUGUGUAUGUGCAAUUGCAACAGGUACAUCAUAUUAUGGACUCUCGGGCAUGACCAAAAACACUUUUGAGGUAUUUCCUAUGACCAGUUCAGGAGCUCCUAUAAGUGAAUACCCUUUUAUAAGGACUGGAUUACUAGGAUUCAUAGGACCAGGUGGGCUUGUCUUUGUUAUCGGCAAAAUGGAUGGCCUAAUGGUUGUCAGUGGAAGAAGACACAAUGCUGAUGACAUUGUAGCAACUGCACUCGCAGUGGAACCAAUGAAAUUUGUCUACAGGGGAAGAAUAGCAGUGUUUUCAGUGAGUGUACUCCAUGAUGAGAGGAUAGUUAUUGUUGCUGAACAAAGGCCAGAUUCUACAGAGGAAGAUAGUUUUCAGUGGAUGAGUAGAGUUCUCCAGGCUAUUGACAGUAUUCAUCAAGUGGGGGUUUAUUGUUUAGCCCUAGUACCAGCAAACACACUCCCAAAGACCCCACUAGGAGGGAUACACUUAUCAGAAACCAAACAGCUCUUUUUGGAAGGCUCCUUGCAUCCCUGCAAUGUGUUGAUGUGUCCCCACACCUGUGUAACAAACCUGCCAAAACCAAGACAAAAACAGCCAGAAAUUGGUCCUGCCUCUGUGAUGGUGGGGAACCUAGUCUCUGGAAAAAGAAUUGCUCAGGCUAGUGGCAGAGAUCUGGGUCAAAUAGAAGACAACGAUCAGGCGAGAAAGUUCCUCUUCCUCUCAGAAGUUUUACAAUGGAGAGCUCAAACCACGCCUGACCAUGUGCUUUACACGCUGCUUAACUGUAGGGGAACAAUAGCGAACUCUCUAACAUGUGUCCAGCUACAUAAGCGAGCUGAGAAGAUAGCUGUCAUGUUGAUGGAAAGAGGACACUUGCAAGAUGGAGACCAUGUGGCUUUGGUUUAUCCACCAGGGAUAGACCUGAUUGCAGCAUUUUAUGGUUGCCUGUAUGCAGGCUGUGUGCCAAUAACAGUUCGACCUCCACAUCCACAGAACAUUGCAACAACAUUACCUACGGUGAAGAUGAUUGUGGAGGUGAGUCGUUCAGCCUGUUUAAUGACUACACAAUUAAUAUGUAAAUUGUUACGGUCACGAGAGGCAGCAGCAGCAGUGGAUAUCAGAACGUGGCCUCCUGUACUAGAUACAGAUGACUUGCCAAAGAAGCGGCCUGCUCAAAUCUACAAACCUUCUAACCCUGAUACACUGGCUUAUCUCGACUUCAGUGUAUCCACAACUGGAAUGCUGGCAGGAGUAAAGAUGUCUCAUGCAGCCACUAGUGCCUUUUGUCGUUCUAUUAAGCUGCAGUGUGAGCUUUAUCCUUCCAGAGAAGUUGCUAUCUGUUUGGACCCUUACUGUGGACUUGGGUUUGUCCUCUGGUGCCUCUGCAGCGUUUAUUCAGGACACCAGUCAAUUUUGAUUCCUCCUUCAGAACUGGAGACCAAUCCUGCUCUGUGGCUUCUAGCUGUGAGUCAGUACAAAGUCAGAGACACAUUUUGUUCCUAUUCGGUCAUGGAGCUUUGCACUAAGGGCCUUGGUUCACAAACAGAAUCGCUGAAGGCAAGGGGAUUGGACCUGUCACGUGUGCGGACUUGUGUAGUAGUUGCAGAGGAACGACCCCGAAUAGCUCUCACUCAGUCUUUUUCAAAAUUAUUUAAAGACUUGGGUCUCCAUCCACGGGCUGUUAGCACAUCAUUUGGCUGUAGAGUUAACCUGGCUAUAUGUUUGCAGGGGACAUCUGGACCAGAUCCAACUACUGUGUAUGUAGAUAUGAGGGCACUGAGACAUGACAGAGUUCGUUUAGUAGAAAGAGGAUCGCCUCAUAGUUUGCCCUUAAUGGAAUCAGGAAAAAUCCUCCCUGGAGUUCGUAUCAUUAUUGCUAAUCCAGAAACAAAGGGACCCUUAGGAGACUCUCAUCUUGGUGAGAUAUGGGUUCACAGUGCCCAUAAUGCCAGUGGGUAUUUUACCAUAUAUGGAGAUGAAUCCCUGCAGUCGGAUCACUUCAAUUCGAGACUCAGUUUUGGCGACACACAAACUGUUUGGGCUCGGACUGGCUAUUUGGGGUUUCUGAGAAGAACAGAACUGACUGAUGCAAAUGGAGAGCGGCAUGAUGCACUUUAUGUUGUGGGUGCAUUGGAUGAAGCCAUGGAAUUGCGAGGGAUGCGGUAUCAUCCCAUUGACAUUGAGACCUCAGUAAUUAGAGCACACAAGAGCAUCACGGAAUGUGCGGUGUUUACCUGGACAAAUUUAUUGGUUGUCGUAGUUGAGCUGGAUGGAUCAGAGCAAGAAGCCUUGGACCUGGUUCCAUUAGUCACCAAUGUGGUCCUGGAAGAACACUAUCUAAUUGUAGGGGUGGUGGUGGUGGUGGACAUUGGUGUAAUUCCUAUCAACUCCCGUGGAGAGAAACAACGUAUGCACCUACGAGAUGGAUUCUUGGCAGACCAGCUAGAUCCCAUCUAUGUGGCCUACAACAUGUAGUCUUGUAUCUUAAGGCUUCCAUGGACUUGACUAUAGAUGUAUAAAAUUUUUUGGUGUCCACUAAAAAAUGUGCAGAUAAGAGGGUGACACUCAUCAGAAUGGAACUGUUACUAUUAUGACUUUUCAAAGCAGUCAUGAUUGGCAGGAAAUAAAAUGUGAAAUGUUUUCUUUUACCACUAAAUUUUAGCACAGAAGGACUAUGGGGUACUGCCCUUCAGUUAGUUGGAAAAGCCCAUUUUAGAUUUUUUUUGCUUAUUGGAUGAUACUGCUUUCUGAGUAAAUGUGGCUUUGUAUUUUACGUUAAGUAAGCUGAAGUAGCUAAUUUUUUUAUUCUGCCCUCCAAGUGGAUUCUUUUUAACAAUUUACAUACUAUGACAAAGAAUUGUUUUGUUCACUUGUCUUUAAUGUGUCAUAAAAAGCUGAAAAACACAGAUCCGUUACUAAUUUAAGCCAUUUUAGAUCCCACGUCUUAGAAAACUACAUAGAGGUACGAGGAAACUACCCAAAAUAGCACCUUCCAAUUAGAGGUUUAGCAGCUUUCUCUGUCAGAGAGGCAGAAAGCACAAAGGCUAAAGAGCCUUUGAUGUUAGUGUUAGAAUGGAAGAAAUUUAUAAAUAAGGUGUAUUUCGGCAAAGAACUUGCAAAUAUCUUUGUACUAAACUAAAAAGAUAAAAUAAGUUAACUACUUCUUCUGUAAUUAUGUACAAAACGUUUAAUUUAUUUUGAUCUCUUUAGAAGUAUAAAAGAGAAAAAAACAUUCAAGAAUAUUAAACUCUUGUAAUGUUUGCUAAUAUAAAAAAGUGUUGUAUUAUCUUGAGUGGAUAGUAUCACAUCAAAUAUAUAUAUAUGAAAUAUAAAUUCACUAAUGACAAAAGAUUUUAAAGUUUAAAAUGCAGUACUUGUCACUUGCAUGGUGUCUCCCACUGUAGAUAAUCAAAUGUUACUCACAAAUUUUUUGAGAGAAAGCAAUCCUGGAUUGCUAAGUAUCCCUGUCUAAAAAGUCCUCUAGAUACCAGCAAGUGGAAUUAUUGCUGCCUUUAAGGCAGUGUGAUGAAUUUAAGACUAAAAAUGCACUACAACAGUUUUUUUUCUUUGCCGUGGAGGCAACAAUAAAUAUUUGUGCUGGCAUGUGCAUACACUUGUUAGACUUUAGAAAAGGCAGGUUGAA